CUCGCGCGCCAUCUGUUCGACGCAAUUCGCCUGCAGCGUCGUCGCUGCCAUUUGGAGCCGCGCGGGAGGUAACAGUGUUUCUUAUGGCGUGUGCGUCAAGUUCUAUUGCCAUUGGUCCUCCCAACUUCGGGUUAUAUGCGGGGACAAGGAUACUCUCACCGAGCUACAGGAACUUCACACGGAAAUCCUCUUACAAGUUUCUCAAGGUCCGUGCCCUGCAGGGAAACGAUGGCCGCAGAAGACUUAUUGACAUAAUCCGGAUCAUCCCUGAGCUUUCAAGAAACUAUUUCAAAACCGGGUCUAGGAGAGCUCUUUUUGGCGGCAUCUCGAUCUUGGGUGGCUUUUAUGUCGCGCAGACAAUUUCACUGUCAUUUGGUGCUUUGGCUGUGAACGAUGUUAUAGCAGCAGUUGUGUGCGUCCUCCUGACCGAGUAUGUGACCAAGUUCUACUACAGCCGGCCUAAGGUUACCUUCCCUGUCGCGCUCCUCAACAAUUUCAAGAUGGGUUUCACAUAUGGCCUCUUCAUCGAUGCCUUCAAGCUUGCAAGCUGAGCUGUAUUACCUCCUGCUGGUGCUUCAUGUGCUAUCCUGUCACAGCAAGUGGUCAAAGAUACUGAGAGAACUCAAGAACAAUUGAUGUGCUAGGAGGAUCUAUACCUUUGUUCCUUAGUCUUGUAUUAAUGUGUGAAGAUUGGCCCAUAUCUGGUAUAGAACGUGUUCUGCAGAUUUG